AUGGGCAACAGCUUUUCCAACAUCUCCGCCUUCCAGUCCCUCCACAUCGUCAUGCUGGGUCUGGACUCGGCGGGGAAGACCACGGUGCUCUACCGGCUGAAAUUCAACGAGUUCGUCAACACGGUGCCCACCAUCGGCUUCAACACGGAGAAGAUCCGGCUGAGCAACGGCACGGCCAAGGGCAUCAGCUGCCACUUCUGGGACGUGGGCGGCCAGGAGAAGCUCAGGCCCCUGUGGAAGUCCUACAGCCGCUGCACGGACGGCAUCAUCUACGUGGUGGACUCGGUGGACGUGGACCGGCUGGAGGAGGCCAAGACCGAGCUGCACAAGGUGACCAAGUUCGCGGAGAACCAGGGCACGCCGCUGCUGGUCAUCGCCAACAAGCAGGACCUGCCCAAGUCCCUGCCCGUGGCCGACAUCGAGAAGCAGCUGGCCCUGCACGAGCUCACGCCCUCCACCACCUACCACGUCCAGCCGGCGUGCGCCAUCAUCGGCGAGGGGCUGCACGAGGGCAUGGACAAGCUCUACGAGAUGAUCGUGAAGAGGAGGAAAUCCCUCAAGCAGAAGAAGAAGCGGUAA